CUGAUCCUGCUGGACACCCCGGGAAUCCACCGGCCCCGGACCGGCCUCGGCCGGGCGAUGAUGCGGACGGUGACCCAGAGUCUCGGGGGAGCGGACGUGGCGCUCGCGGUCGUGGAUGGAACGCGGGGUCUCUCCGACGCCGACCGGGAUCUCCUUCGCCGGCUGGAGAGCUUUCCCGGUCCCCGGGUGAUCGGCAUCAACAAGAUCGACGCGGCGCCCCGUCUCCGGCGCGGGGAACUCGAAGCGUUCUACCGGGAGCAACAGUUGGGUCCGGUGGUGGCGUUCUCGGCGCGCACCGGAACGAACGUGGAAGACCCCGAAGACCGGGGGCAGGGGGACAGCGCGGCCGACUCGCUGGUCGGAACGCUUACGGCGCAUCUUCCCUUCAGUCCUCCCCUCUAUCCCGACGGCCAGAUCACCGAUCUUCCGGAAGCUUUCUUCGCGUCGGAGAUCGUCCGCGAGCGGAUGCUCGAGAACCUCCAUCAGGAGGUCCCGCACGCCGCCGCGGUCCGGAUCGAGGAGUACGACGAUUCCGGCCCCCUGGUCCGCAUCGCGGCCUCGCUGCUCCUGGAUCGGGACUCCCAGAAGGGGAUCGUGAUCGGCCGGGGAGGCCAGAUGCUGAAGCGAAUUGGCACCGAGGCGCGCGGGCGUAUCGAAAAGCGGGCUCGGCCGUCAGGUUUUUCUCGAUCUGCAGAAUCGAGGCUCUUCUCCGUGUUGAACAUCAGGCUUGCCCGCACCGGUCGGAAGCGCGACGCCCAUUUCCGGGUGGUCGUGUCGGAUUCGGUGCAUGGACGGGUCGGUCGCAUUGUCGAGACGCUUGGCCACUACCACCCGCGCAUGCCCAACGAUGCGGAAGGCCGGCUGCUCAUCAAGGCCGACCGCGCCCGCUACUGGCUUGGGCACGGGGCGCAGCCGAGUCUCACGGUCAAGAGCUUUUUGAAGAAGGUGCUCGCCGAGCCCGCCCCAUCCGAAGAAAACCCAGCCAAAGAAGACCCAGCCAAAGAAGACCCAGCCAAGGAAAACCCAGCCGAAGAAGACCAAACCGAAGGAAGCGGGUCCGGAGAGUCCGGAUCCAACGGAACCGAAUAA